CCGGGCGCGGAGGUGAUUCCACGCUCAGGAGAGCGCGGCGGCAGGGGUGGCGUUGGCCGCGUUCGUGUGCACCGGUGUGACUCGCAGAGGGAGGAGGCGGUGGAGGAAGAGGUGGCGGCGGUGGCGGUGGUCGUAACGGUGGCGGAGGAGGCGGGUACGAAUCAGCUGCGGGCGGAGACAUGGCCAACAUCGCGGUGCAGCGAAUCAAGCGGGAGUUCAAGGAGGUGCUGAAGAGCGAGGAGAGUGAAAAAAAGACUCACUUUUCUCUGAAUUACAAUUUUGGGGGAAUGAGGACAGAGACGAGCAAAAAUCAAAUUAAAGUAGAUCUUGUAGAUGAGAAUUUUACAGAAUUAAGAGGAGAAAUAGCAGGACCUCCAGACACACCAUAUGAAGGAGGAAGAUAUCAACUAGAGAUUAAAAUACCAGAAACAUAUCCAUUUAAUCCCCCUAAGGUCCGGUUUAUCACUAAAAUAUGGCAUCCUAAUAUUAGUUCCGUCACAGGGGCUAUUUGUUUGGAUAUCCUGAAAGAUCAAUGGGCAGCAGCAAUGACUCUCCGCACGGUAUUAUUGUCAUUGCAAGCACUACUGGCAGCUGCAGAACCAGAUGAUCCACAAGAUGCAGUAGUAGCAAAUCAGUACAAACAAAAUCCCGAAAUGUUCAAACAGACAGCUCGACUUUGGGCACAUGUGUAUGCUGGAGCACCAGUUUCUAGUCCAGAAUACACCAAAAAAAUAGAAAACCUAUGUGCUAUGGGCUUUGAUAGGAAUGCAGUAAUAGUGGCCUUGUCUUCAAAAUCUUGGGAUGUAGAGACUGCAACAGAAUUGCUUCUGAGUAACUGAGACAUAGAGCUGCUGAUAUAGUCAAGCUUGCCCCUUCUUGAGGAGCAUCAACAUCUGUUAUUUUUAGGAUUCUGCGUAGAUUUCUUUUAAACUGGCAUUCUUGCCUAAUGAUGUUAUCUAGGCACCAUUGGAGACUGAAAAAAAUCUCUGCUCUGUAAAUAAAGCUAAUUAAACGUCUCUGUAAAUUUAAAAAGGGGAAAUACUUUAAUUUUUUUCUUACUUAAUAGUGUAAAAAUUCUUUGAGCUAAGCUAAAACCAUGGAAAAAACAUGCUACUUUAGUGUUUAGCAGUGUACCAAGACUAGCAAGAGUUCGCUUCAGGAUUUUGUUGAAUAAUUAAGAUAAUAUUUUGAGUGUGUCAGGGCCAUUCAAAUCGUUGGUGUUGCAUCACAGCUACCUUAACUGUUUUUAACAUGGAUCCUCUGUGCCUGUGAAUUUACUUGCAUGCUUGUACUUGACUUCUUAGGAUGGGUAGCUGAAAAGACCACCAUUUUAAGCAUUUGAGAAUUCUUAAAUAUGAGAUUAUUCAGAAUUGAAGAUGGUGACCUAUUCAGAGCCUUUUUGUCCUUGUCAGCAGACUGGGACACCAUAUCUGUUUUUCCCCUCUUACCACACACAGCUAAUAUUCUAAUAGUAAAUUUCUCUCUUUGGUGGGGAAAUGUGCUGAGGGACAGUAUCCCUUGCUCCAUUUUUAGGUUGUCCAUUUGGAAUGUUUUGUCACAAUUCUUCACUCUUAGAACUUUCAUAUAUAAGUAAUAAUGUAAAAACGGAGCUGCCAGUUUCGUUUCUCUUGCAAAAACAGUAAAAACUUGAUGUUGCAGUAUUCCCAGAUUUAAUGAAAGAACCCAGCUUAAUUUUUCAGUGAAUUUAACAUCUUUCUAUUUUUAAACUGAUGAAAUUUUUCUUUGACAACUUGCAAGGGUGAAAUCAACUGUUGGCAGUUUUUUAAGCCUAAUUUUGGCUUUAUAAGAGAUUGCUUUAUCAGAUCCUUUAAAAGUCACUCUUGUGUGCAUUUCCCCCAAUUGACACAUGAAAGCUGUGUUGGUGUUUUACUGUACAUACUUCAGAUGCACAUAGGAAUAGAAGUGUGUUAUAAAUCUAGCUUUCUUUAUGAUGUUUCUGAUAAUAUGAGAAUUGAAAACUUUACCUUCUCUUGUACAUAGUCAGACUUUCUAUACGUAUUAAACUUACAUUUCAUUCUAAGUUCAAAAGUUUGAAAAUUAUUAGUUUUGCAAGCUCAAACACUAAUGUGACCAUUUUAUGAAGGGUGAAAUGGAUUUGUGUAGGCUGUUCUAUACGUAGAAACACAGUUAUUAUUACAUAUUCAGGACCAAUGCAAAAAUAACAAAAAUGUAAUGGAAUCAGAGUGAAUUAAAGUAAGGCUGUAUACUGAAAGUCAUAUUAUAAAAGGUUUGCUUUCUUCAAGUGUUACUUAUCCUAAAUUAUAAUGGUUAAGUGUUUGGAAAAUAGUUUUGAACCAUAAAUUCAGCAUAAUUUCAUUUGACUUCUCAAUAAUCUUAGAAGCAAUAAAAGAACCAUUAUUAAAUAUAUUGUAAUGUUAAGAUGUGGAGGUUCUUCCAACAACUUGUAAGGCUUUCCUAAUCAAUAGUAAACUCUUGUAGUUGAUUUUAUUGCAUACUAAACACAAGUUGCUGUUUUUUUCCCCUAUAUGUUUGCUUAAGUAUAAAUUUCUUUAUACAAUCA